CUCAACAAAAGAGGAGACUAUUCCAUAAAACCGAAUGAAAUCCAUUUUCAGUUCCGUUAUUGAAAAUAGGCGAAAAAAAGAAAAAGGCCAAUCAAACACUACGAGAGAGAACUGUGCUCCUCCCUCCUAAGCUGAAGCUGCAAAUCUACACCGUUCAAUCAAUCAGUCACCGUGAAUGGGCCAGACAACUUCGACGGCUUUAAUCACAAGCCGUCGAGACUCAAAUCUCAGCAGCCAGCGCUCAAAAUCCAAAUUCACUGUCCCCAUCAUUCCGAUGCAAGUAGAAGAACAAACCGAAUACGUGCUCGUGGAAGCACCUGAUUAUAUCUCAGAUCUUCCCGAUGAAUGCUUAGCUUGUAUUUUCCAGUCACUUAGUUCCGGCGACCGGAAAAGCUGCUCUUUAGUUUGUCGGAGAUGGCUAAGAAUCGAAGGACAGAGCCGUCACCGACUCUCUCUCAACGCCCAAUCAGAUCUCCUUCCUUUCGUAACAUCUCUCUUCUCUCGCUUCGACGCUGUAACUAAGCUCGCUCUCAAAUGUGACCGUAGAUCCGUUAGCAUCGGCGACGAGGCGCUAGUUGCAAUAUCUAUUCGUUGCCGUAACCUCACGCGCCUCAAGCUCCGCGCAUGUAGAGAAAUCACAGACGCAGGCAUGGCAGCUUUCGCUAAAAAUUGUAAAGCAUUGAAGAAGUUUUCGUGUGGAUCUUGCGCUUUCGGAGCCAAAGGAAUGAACGCGAUGCUUGAUAAUUGCGCGUCGCUCGAGGAUUUAUCGGUAAAACGGCUUCGAGGAAUUACGGAUGGCGCGACGGCUGAGCCGAUUGGACCGGGUUUAGCUGCGGCUUCACUUAAAACGAUUUGCUUAAAGGAACUUUACAAUGGACAGUGUUUUGGCCCGCUUAUAAUCGGGUCAAAGAAUUUGAAAACUUUGAAGCUUUUUAGAUGCUCUGGCGAUUGGGAUAAGCUUCUUCAAGUUAUUGCGGAUCGGGUUACUGGUAUGGUUGAGAUCCAUUUAGAGAGGCUCCAAGUUAGCGAUACUGGCCUUGUAGCCAUCUCUAAUUGUUUGAAUUUAGAGAUUUUGCAUCUAGUUAAAACCCCGGAGUGUACUGAUAUCGGACUUGUUUCCAUUGCGGAGCGAUGUAGGUUACUAAGAAAGCUUCAUAUUGAUGGUUGGAAGGCACAUCGGAUCGGUGAUGAUGGGUUAAUGGCAGUUGCCAAGUAUUGUCUUAAUUUGCAAGAGUUGGUGCUGAUCGGGGUGAAUCCUACACAGAUUAGUUUAGAAUUGUUAGCUUCAAAUUGUCAGAAUCUAGAGCGGCUAGCAUUGUGUGGGAGUGAUACUGUUGGUGACGUGGAGAUUUCUUGUAUUGCAGCCAAAUGUGUGGCAUUGAAAAAGCUCUGUAUUAAGAGUUGUCCUGUAUCGGAUCAUGGAUUGGAAGCGCUUGCAAAUGGGUGCCCGAAUUUGGUUAAAGUGAAGGUGAAGAAGUGUAGAGCAGUUACUUAUGAGUGUGCUGAUUUGUUGAGAAUGAAGAGGGGAUCUUUGGCGGUCAAUUUGGAUAGUGGGGAACCCGAGCAUCAGGAUGCCAGUGCUAGUGAUGGUGGGGUGCAGGAAAAUGUAGAUGAGUUUCAUCCAGUCCCUAAUCAAAUGCCGCUGCCUAGCAUUGCACCGAGCAGUACUGGACGAUCAACUUCUUUCAAGUCAAGAUUUGGGCUUUGGAGUGGGAAAAGUUUCGCGGCUUGCACAUUUAGAGGAUGGUCGAGUGGUAAUAGCAGUUCUCGAGGAUAAUGAGACGGUGAACCUGAAAUGUGAACUAUUGAAAAACUUUUAUUGUCCUUGGUCAGUUUGGAUUAGUUUGGAUUGUAUUACCUGAUUCUGGCUUUCAUGUAAUUAAUUUGACUUUGUGUGCUGUUUAUUGCCUUUCCUAUUGAACAUUCUAUAAAAAAAGUUAUCGUUUUCUUGUU